GUUUCCAUGGCGACAAGGGGUACUCGGCGUCCCCGUUGUCUUAGCAACCGCGGCCGGGCCCCGCCGCGUGCGUCCUCCAUUCCUGAAGGCAGCGGAGAAGGUUCCGCAGGGAGUCGCCGGCACUGCAGGCCUGCAAACUCUCUCUCCAGGGAGCGGACUUCCGACCCGCGUGUGCACCAUUCCCUCUUAUUUUGCAAGUCCCGAGAAGAGCCGCUCAGCCUCUCUGGCCGGUCCUUGCCCCGGUCUUUGAGCGAUGAGCGAGAGCAGCGAGGAGAAGCCAAGUCUGAGGCUGGAAGCUGCAAUCCAGCUUUGUCAGAAACAGCCUCUGCAGUCAAUAUGCAAGAAGAAAACCGCUUAUUGCAGAAGGAGCUCUCACGCCUUGAGGACCUGUUGGCACAAACUCGCGCGGAGAAGGAUGAGCUGGCUAGCAAAUACCAUGCCGUUAGUGAGAGGCUGGAGCUCCGAGGAGAGGAGGAAGGAAGCACAAUGUUCCUGCAGAUGAGACAGCAGUUCAAAGAGGAUGAGAAGGCAUACAAGCGCAAGCUGCAAGCCUACCAGGAUGGGCAGCAGCGCCAGGCUCAGCUAGUGCAGAAGAUGCAGAACAAGAUGCUGCAGUACAAGAAAAGAUGUGGGGAGCUGGAGCAACAACUGCUGGAGAAAACCUCCGAGUGUGAGCAUCAGAAGCAGAUGGCGCAGAUGAGGUUAGACUCAACGGAGUCGCAUUUACUCCGCUUUGAGCAUGACCACAAUACAGAGCUGGAGAGCACUCUCAUCCACCUGGAAGAGGAGCAGCAGAGGAGCACCAGUCUUUCCCAGAUGAAUACUCUUCUUCGGGAACAGCUGGACCAGAUGAACUCCUCAAAACAAAGACUAGCAGGGGAGUUGGAGAGGGCAACCGCUGAAGUUCACAGGCUGAGGAGUGAACAGAAGGAGUCUCAGUGGCACAAGGGCAGGGAGAGUUACAGUUCCUAUUUAAGCAGCGAGCACAGUGGGAUCCUGCUGCUGUGGCGUCAAGCCGCCACACUCCGUGGCAACUUUGCAGAGCUCCGCACAACCAUGGAGAGAGGUCUCACUGAGGCAGGGACUGACAUGGCAAGAGCGGCCCGCCGCCUCCAGACCGCCUGCCUCAACUUGGAUUCCAACCUGCGCCUCUCAGAAAGCAGCUCCACCUGUUUGCUGGAGAAGCAGCUUCGGGAGAAAGUCCGGGAGAUGAUCCAGCUGCAGAGCCAGUGGGAUGGAGAGAAAGCUGAAUUGAACUCCAGGAUUGCAGAGUUGAGCACGUUAGGAGAUAAACUUAAAGAACAGAACGCAAAGAAAGAGAAGACCAUCUCUGCCCUAAAAAUGGACAUUCAGAAAUUGGAGGCCAGUAAGACUGGAGAUCUAGAAGAGGUGAAGGACCUGAAAGAAGAAAUUGAAUAUUUGCAACAUAGCUUGAACAGCAUCACAAAGCUGGCUUUGUCUGAAUCCAAGAGCACAGGACUCGGUUCCUUGGAAAGCACAAGAACCUCGUCAGAGGAAGACACCCUAUGGCAGACCUCCCCUCUGCGCUCCAGCUCUCCCCACCGCCGGCGGGUAUCACCAUCCCGGGCACACCCUUCAUCACUUCAGAAUGCAGCACUGCAAGCAGUUCGUGCUGCUAUCCAGAAAUCACAGCAGCAUGAGCAGGAGUUGCGUGUGCAGCUGGAGUCUUGCCAGGAUGCCCUGGGAACUGUCAAGAAGCAGCUCGCUGACUGCCAGCAGGAAGCGCAGGCAGCAAAACAGCGGCUGCAGGAAGAGAGGCAGGAAUGUGAAGAGCUGACCCGGUCACUGGAGGAUUGCAGGAGGGAACUGCAACGCUGGAAAGCCUCAGUGGAGGUGCUCGGAAGAGAGAAGGAGGCCGCAGAAAUGGCAGUGGAAAGCCUGAAUCAGCAGCUCGAUUCCUCCCAUCUGGAGGUGGAGCGGCUGAAGACUAUGAAUGGAGAGCUGCAGAGACAGCGAAAACUCCUGGAAGAACAGAAGGAGGAUGUCAUUAAGGAAAGGGAGAGAACGAAGAAGGAGCUGGAGCGGGGGCAAAGAUCCCUGGAGCAGCUUGAGGAAAGGAUGUCUGCCCUGAAGAAAGAGCUGGUGACAGUCAAGGAGACUUUGAACCAAGCCAUGCUGGAGAAGGAUAUGCUAGAGAGUGCGAAGGAAGGCUUGAGCGGAGCACUUUCCAAAGUUAAAGCCACCAAUGCUAACCUUGAGCUCUCCAUACACAAGAUGAAAUCGGAAGAAGCUGUGCUGAGAGACUCGUUAGCCAAGAUGGGUGCUUUGAACGAAGGGCUGGCUCAUGACAAAGUCAGCCUCAACCACAUAAUUCUACAGCUUGAAGAGGAGAAGAGCAGGCUUUCAAAUAGGAAGCGGGAGCUGGAACAAGAGCAAGCCGGUUGGCGUGAGCAGCUGGCGCACUUGGAGCAAGAACUGAUGCGCACGAGGGCAGAGAAGCAGGGGCUGGAGCAGAGCUGCAAGGCCUCAGAAGAGAAGCAGGAGAGACUGGAGGGGGAAGUGGCCUCGCUCCACAGGGAGAGAAUCCAGUUACAGGACCAAAUAAUGCAGCUGAACAGCCAGAAGCAAACUCUAGGUGAGCAGCUGGCCCAGAGCCACCGAGAGAUGGAGAUGCAAGCAGACUCCUUGCUCCGUACGCUACAGGAGAAGGAAGACAUGGCUAAGGAAAAGGCACAGGUGGUUGUGGAGCUCACUGCGCUGGAGAGGCACAGGAAAUUGUUAACAGAGGAGGCAGAUGCUCUCAGAGUGGAGAAGGAGUCCCUGGAAACCAGCCUUUUUGAGGCACAAGAACUGGCAGCACAGCUGGAAGCUCGCAAGGAACAACUAGAAGGAGAGAACCAAGGCAUCAAGCUUGCCAGAAAGGCUCUUCAAGGGGAAUUGGGAAAAGCCCAGCAUGAACUUGAGCUUCGGGAAACCACACUGAGGCGAGAAAUAGAGAUGUUGAAGCUCCAGAUAACUGAGGAGCAACAAGGGUUCCAACAGGUCAUAAAGAACCAGAAGCUGGGUUUUGAGGAGGACCUCGAGCGCCUCAGAAAAGAGAAGGAGGCCCUGCAUCUGGCAUUGAUUGAGCAGAAAGACGAGGCUGUGCAUCAUCUUCAGCAAGAGAGGGAAGAACUGGCAUCCAAGCAUGAAGCUGAAAAAAGGGAGUUCAUGGAGGAGAUCCUCUCUUUGCAGCAGAACCGGGAUGAAAGCCUCCUCCUGCUAGAGAAUGAAAAACAGAAGGCUUUGUCCAAGAAGGAAGCAGAGAAGAAUAUCCUUUUAGAAAAGCUCAGUGAGUCACAACGCGAACUCACAGUUGCCAGGUCAGAGUUUGACCGGGUGAAGCUGGAAGCUCUGAACCGCCAGGAGCAAGACAAGAACACAGUUGCCAGCAUCACCAGUGAGCUACGGACCUUCCAGGCACAGUUUGAGGACGCAAUGGCUGCCCACCAGAAGGAGGCAAAGCGCUUAAAUGAACACAUAAAGGAACUGGCAAGAGAGAAGGAGCUUGUUGGGAGGGAGGCAGAACAGCUAAAAGCACAGCUGCGGCUGGCAGAGGAUACCCACGCAGAAAUUCGCAAGGAGCUGGUUGAGCUUCACCACAGGCUGCAGGAGACUGAAGAGGCUCGUGACCACCAGCAAAAGGAGCUGCUGGAAAUUCGGAGGGCUGUGGCAGACGAGAGCAGAGAAAAAGAAGCACUGCAGAAAUCCAACAGUGAGCUCAGAGCAGCUGUCAAGAGAGCAGAGAACGAGAGGCUCAGCUUGCAGAGAUCCGAAGAGGAGAAGGAGCAGAAGAUUGCUGUGCUGGAGGAAGCAAAAGCAGCCGUCGAGGGAGAGGUGGGGGAGGUCCGAGCAAAUCUACGAGAAGUGGAGAAGUCUCGCAUGGAAGCGCGAAGGGAGCUGCAGGAGCUGCGCAGGCAGGUGAAGGCCUUAGAGAGUGAGAACAGCAAAAAAGCCCAAGAAAUCAGUGAACUGCAGCAUCGGUUGCUCGAGGAGGAGCAGCAGGAGCAGCAGAACAGCAAAGAGGCUCUGGAACUGAAGCAGAAGAUAGCCGGGUUGGAGAUCAGCCGUGAAUCUGCUCACAAGGAGGUGCUGAGCUUGCGGAAGAAGCUGUCUGCCAUGGAGGCAGAAAGCCGGCUUCAGGAGCAAGACCUUGCGCAGAGCCUUGCCGAGAGCCGUGCAAAGGAGAAGAAGCUGAAGGAUGAUCUUCAUCACCUGGAGAUGAAGCUGCAGGAAGCCAGCAGGGCAGGCGAGAGCCUCCAGAUGCGCCUCAGCACCUGUGAGGGGCGUUCCCAAGGCUUGGGAAUAGAACUAGCCAAAGCGGAGGCAGCCAAGAGGGAGGUGGAGCUGAAGCUCGUGGCACUGCAUUCGGCCCUGCGCCGCACGCUGGGGCUUGGCAGCCGGAGUCCAUCACCACAAAGGUCCUGCUCUCCAGUCAAAGGAAGCAGUGGCCGGCAGACACCUGCCUCCCGCACUGGGUCUCCUGAGAGGAGCCGCUCACGUUCCCCAUUUCACCAACGUUCUCCUCUCAGAGGUGACCAAGUCACAAGUGAAAUUGACCCGGAUGUAGUUCGAGAUGCUUUGAGGGACUUCCUUCAGGAGCUGCGGGACACUCAGAGAGAGAGGGAUGACCUGAGGAUUCAGGUUAUGAAUAUGAGCCGUCAGCUGAAUGAAAUGGAAUCUGAUCGUGACCGGACAAAAAGUCGCAUCCUGCAACUCCAGAAGCUCCUAGCAGACUGUGAGGAAGGCAAGCGGGGAGCAGACGGGCGCCUAAGCAGCGCACAGGCAGCACUGAUGCUGCAAGAGGAGACGGCUAGGAAAGCGGAAAGAGCGCAGCAGGCCCUUGCAGAUCAGGUGGCAGCCCUGGAGCGCAACUUGCACAUUUGUCAGGAAAAGAACAGGGAACUGCAGGAGAAAGUCAACAAGUUGAAAACCAAGGAAGCCAGGCUAGAGACAGAGAAGUGGAAGCUGAAGGAAGUCCUGGAGGCGGCAGAGAGUAGGGCCACCAAGUUGGAUCUGAGCCGCAGGGCUGCUGAAGGAGAACUGCAGCGGGCCCAGCUCAGCCUCACUGAGAGGGAAGCAGAGAUCCAGUCCCUGCAGGAGCAGACCCAGGCGCUCCGCUGCCAGUUGGGAGACAAAGAGAGCAAAACCACCCAGCUGCAGCAGGAGCUAGACCACUUGACCCAUUCUCUGGCCAGGACUGAGGGCACGGAAAGCCACCUAAAGGACCGGGUGCAAAGCCUGUCUCAAGCUCUGUCUGAUGCUACCGCUGGCUCCUCCUCCCUCCAGGAGAACGUCUCCCAACUGCAAAGGGCCCUGACUGCUGCAGAGCAAGACCGUCGGCUACUCCAGGAUCGCUUGGACUCGAUGCGGCAUGCAUUGUCAGAGAGCAAGAGGCAGAACCAUAGCUUGACGGAUACAGUACAUUUGCUGCAAGAUCAGCUGGGUGAGAUGGAGCUGCGAUGCAGAAACCUGGAAGGGCAGUUGGAACAUCUCCAAGAAGCAGAGCAUGAGAAAUUCAGGAAGGAAGAUGACACAUUUAGGUUGAGUCACAUGAGGGAACAACUGGACCGGUCCCUGAACAGCCUGCAACAGGAAUUGGAGGAUACCCUGAGGCAAAACGAACACCUGCAGGCCAAGAUUGCAGAGCUGGAACGAACACAUGCUCAACAACUGAUGGCUCUAACAUCCCGUCAUCAGCUAGACAUGGAGUUGGAAACAGAGAGGCUUCACAGUGCACAGCUCCAGUCUGAACGUAAGCUGGAGUCACGAGAGAGAACUCACCGGCAGAGAGUGAAGAGCUUGGAGGAGCAGGUGAAUGCUCUGAAAGAGCAGCUGGAUCAAGAAGUGAGAAGACGACAAGCCUACAUGAGCCAGAAACCUCACACUGUGAAAUGAUUCAGAAAUGAACAUUGUGCCCUGAUCCCAGACAACCAAACACAGAACCAGCCUUCAGCAGAAUCCUCACAGCUCAAGCAUUGCAAUCUCCUGCAUAAGGGUGCUCAUCUGAUUCAUGGUCUGAGAAACCAGAGCUCCCGGACUAACAGUGCUAGGAAGUAAUGUCUCCCCCACCCAAGGAGCAAAUACCCUGAAGACUUGGAAGGCACAGUCAAGACAGCAAAUGACUAGGCAGCCUGCAGCCAAGAGGAAACCCUGCUGUGGGGGCAGCUGUUCUCUCUAAGAUGCUUGAAACCCAGGGCACUGAUGCUUAACUAAUUAAUUUAGGACAUUUGACGAGGGCAUUCUCUGUUGUUUGGUUUUCUGGGUAGAGUAUCCCUGCGUGAUCCCCGUAAGGUUUUGUAUUCAGGCUGUACAAAUUGGAAAAUUCCACAGCCCAGAUUGGAGCAUUUAUUAUUGAAAUACCUCUGCAUUUCCAUCACUGACCAGGUUAUUUUAUUCUCCCUCAGGGUUUGAAAGUUGCUGUCAAGUCCUUCCUGGUGCCUCGUACUGUAGCCAUACCUGUUUAGUCAGUGGUAUCCAUGGUGGUGGCGGCUGUCUGCCAGUGGUGUCACAGAUCCAUCUAUCACAUGCCCUUCUGCAAAUGAAGGAGGCAGGUAUUUCUGCUGCCAUCCAGAUCACACUGUGCUAUAAAGAGAAGUUUUGAAGCAGAGUGUGAACCACACCCAGGGAUUGAUCAAAUCCUUUGCUGUGUCUAUGAACAUCAAGCCAUUUUCAUGGUGGCAGGUGGCUGAGAUUAGCUCAAAGCCAAGCCAUCUUAUGACUUGCUGGCCCCAAGACAUGUCAGAGUGUUAACAUUCAACAUUCCACCCACUCUGCCGGCUGACAGGCUCCAAGGAAAUCCCUUUAGGAAUCAAACUUUGGUUUCCUUGGUGAUGACAGGGAACCAUCUUGGAGCUGCUGCGAGUGUCACCUGUUAGCAUUGUUCCACAUUUUUUCCUCGUGAAUGUUUGUUUUUCCAAAUGUGGUACUGCGAAUUAUUAAAAAUAAAGAACCACUUCCUAAAGAAAC